AUGGACCAUUUGCGCAAAUCGAACGAAGAAUUGGACAAGUUCUUGAAGGAGCGCCCCAACCAGAAGGAGCUCGUUGAAAAGAACAUCCUCAAAGACCCCAAGAUCGCCCCUGCUCUGCAACACCAUGCUGAAGAACUCAAGCGUGCUAAGUUGGAGACGGCCUUGGCCCACAAGAUCGAGAACCGCCCUCCCGCCUCAGAGUUGAUCGACCACAACAUUUUGCAUGCUUCGCACGUGGCGCCUGCUCUCCAGGGCAAGGAGGCAGACUUGAAGAGGUCACAGCUCGAGGAUGUCCUGAACCACAAGAUUCAGGAGCGCCCAGCCCCAGAAACUCUCGUCGAGAAGCACAUCCUCGAGGGUCAGGUGGUGUAA